CCUCCCCCACAGCCCCCCCGGGCUCACGUCUCCACCGUCGACGCCAACGAGAGCGAGGAGGUUCGGCAGUUCCGGCGCCUCUUCACCCAGCUGGCCGGGGAGGACAUGGAGGUGAGCCCCACCGAGCUCAUGAACAUCCUCAACAGGGUCGUCACCCGCCAUCCCGACCUGAAGACGGACGGCUUCGGGCUGGACACCUGCCGGAGCAUGGUGGCCGUCAUGGACAGCGACACCACCGGGAAAUUGGGGUUCGAGGAGUUCAAAUACCUCUGGAACAACAUCAAGAAGUGGCAGUGUGUGUACAAACAAUUCGACACCGAUCGCUCGGGGACCAUCGGACCCCAGGAGCUGCCGGGGGCCUUCGAGGCCGCAGGAUUCCGGCUGCCCCCCCCGCUUUGGGGGGUUUUGGGGCGUCGUUACGGGGACGAGGGGGGGAACCUGGACUUCGACAACUUCAUCAGCUGCCUCGUGCGCCUCGACGCCAUGUUCCAACCCGAUCUAGAACGUUCUAGAACCCAGCCUAGAACGCUCUAG